AUGGUCACUUUUGAAGUGUACAUAGGUGGUGGUGGUUGGGAUAGUGGCAAUAAAGAUGAUGAUGAGGAGGAUGAGGAUGAUGAUUAUUAUGAUGAUGAUGACGACGGCAACGACGAUGACGAAGAAGAAGAAGAAGAAGACGAUGAUGGUGAUGAUGAUGAUGAUGAUGAUGAUGAUGAUGACGAUGAUGAUGAUGAUGAUGACUAUGGUGGUGGUGGUGGUGACGGUGACAGUGGUAUCAGUUUCAGCAUGAGGUCUAACAACAAACCAAAAAAUUUCGUGUAA